AUGGCCGGUAAAAUAUUGUCAUUUUUCAAAUGGAAUCCGAAAUUGGUUUCGUUGAAAUGCAUCCUAUUUCUAAUAUACGGGGCCAUCGGAAGCCUCGUCCCGUUCCUACCUCUUCACAUGAACGACGCCGUGGGACUAUCCAAAAAUCAAUCCAUUAUAAUCUCCGUCGUGGCGCCUCUGCUAGCCAUGCUCGGUCCGCUAAUAGCAGCGCCUCUAGCGGACAGAUUAGCAGGCACUUACAUACAAAAAUCCAAAAACGGCCCUUACCUUAGGGUCAUGAUAGCCGAGACCAUAACAUUCGCAGCCGCUUUAUAUUGGCUGCUCUUCAUCAUUCCACCAGUGAAAACAUCGUACAAUAUCACGUUCAUUUGCGACCAAGACGGAGCCUACGUUCUGCAGGACAAAUGCGGGAAGAGUUGCACCGAGUUCGGAGACGAGAAAGGCUCCAUCGCGGUGAAGAAUUGCGUAUACACCUGCAACAUCACCUCGAGCUACACCCUCAAAGCGCCCGUCUUCUCCGAGGAGGAGGAGAACCACGAGGCCUCCGACGGCGACAACGAGAGCUUCUACGACGGCGGCGUCGAUCUGGAGGCCGAGCUGAGCGUCACCACCAUGCAGCCCGACGUCAACGUCACCUACUUCGAGCCGCACCCGCACAUGUGCCACACCAACGCCACCGGGUACACCUUGUGCGAGGUCUACACGGAAUACUCGCAGCCCAUCGGCUUCGACGUCGCCCUCGGACCCGCCGUGCCCUUCGACAGUCCCGAGAAUAAGGAUGGAAGGAUCUGCAAGCACCCAACAAGAGAGCCGUUCCAAUGCAGGAUACGCGGCGACGUGCGCAGGAACCUCACCAACAACGGCCAGAACAACUGCACGCCCGUGGUGAUUUGCGAAUUGGACGAUCCCUACCACCGGCCGAACAGCCUCUUGAGGCAGUCGCAGUGCGGCAGGCUCAGCUUCUGGCUGUACAUAUUCAUCAGGUCGUUGGCGGACAUGUUCCUGGCGGCCACCGUGGUGCUCCUCAGCACCGCCGUGGUGAUAGCCACUAGGGAAACCUCCACAGGUAGAGGAGAUGUCGGUAAGCAAUUCGCCGCUGGGGCUCUGGGUUUUGGCAUUUUCGCUCCGCUUAUGGGGGGAGCGGCCAACGGGGGUUACAUGGAAUCGUGCAUUUGCUUCACGGUUUUGGCCCUGCUGGCCGUUUUGUUGCUGUUGGUCGACGAAACAAUACCGUUGACUCCUCCGGAGUGGUGGUGGCACACGAGGUGCGGCCUCCUGGCGCUGCCGAUGUCCUCGGUGAGAAAAUACGGAUGGGAGGUGGCCGGGUUGGGCCUCGUGCUGUUCCUGUUGGGGAUAUUUUGGAAUUCCAUCGACGCGUUUCUGCCGUGGUACGUGGUGAUGGCGAAAGACGGCGAACCCUUACUAAUCGGCCUGACGUUGACUGUAGGCGCCCUACCGGCUGUGAUAUUCCUGAUAUUCGCCGAGGUGAUCGUCGAUUAUUGCGGGCACAACAACAUUUUGAUAUUCUGCUUCGUUAAUUACGUCUUCCACCAUUUGAGUUUGAUAUUCGUGGAGAACGUUUGGUACGUUCUCUUCUGCGAAUGGUUGGAAACGUUCACGUUACACGUCAUGUACAUCACUGCCGUUCUGUACUUGAGACAUUUAGUACCGAGGAAAUACACCGCGUGCGGACAGGCGCUGCCGGUCAUCGCUCAUUUUUGCAUCGGUAGAACGAUAGGAGGUUUGUUGGGCGGUUUGGCCUACUCCGAGUUGAAUCCGCAGCGAACUUUCGAGACCGCCCAGGAGUAUUUCUGCAUAGCGGCGGCUUGCGUGGCUGUCGCUUAUUUUGUCGUUUAUCACUUUUAUUUGAAACCCAAAUGCGCGCCGCCCAUGCACUUACCGCCGGCGCCGGCGCCUGUAGUGGUUCAAAGUAUGAAUGGUAAUGGAUCUUACACUCCAUUAAGAGUUUACCACAACAGCAAAUCCAAAAAGGGGCACUUUAGAUAUUAA